AUGAGUAAGCUAAAGAAUUUAGGUUCACAAUUGGUUUCGAAUUUCAAGUCGACAGAUAAUGCAACGAAAGCAAAAAGAGACCUCAUCUUGUCUAUUUUGAAGUCGACAACCACAAAAAGAGAGGCAAAAAACUAUCUUCAGAAGUAUCAGAACCAAUUCUCAGAUGGUGAAUCUAAUUUCCACAAUUCCCUGAAAGACAGACAUUUAACGAAGGCUGAAAAUCAAAGAGACCUCUUUAUUACUAGAUUCUUGAGGAACCAGAAUCCUUUUCUCAACAUUUAUGAAGAUGACGAAACAAAACUUCAGAAAAUUCCAUUGCGAAUUGCACUAGUGAAACUUUCACUCCUGGAUGAAAGUCCAGAAACUUGGAAAGGGGUUUCCGAGACCUUUAAGCGACUCGUCACUCUAGGAAUAUCCCCAAUUAUUAUUCUAGAUCAUGAUCAUUUGUCUCAAAAGGAUUUCAAGACAAAUGCUGCCUACAUGAUGAAACAAGGGUACAAAUUACUGCUGCAAUUAUCUGUGACCUCUGACGAAGGGACAACAGUUGAGUCAACGAUCCUCAGAUCGUUAUUUAUUGACCAAUGCCAGCAAAUGAAAUUAUCGAGCCUAGAGCAAUUACUAAUCCCACUUUAUCAAGGCAUCAUUCCUAUUGUUCAACCAUUGCAAUAUAAUGUGACCGAUGGGAGCCAAAAUUUUGUGACAUCGAAUGAAGCACUCUGUACCGUUUGUUCUGAGUUACUUGAGCAUCCAGAAUUGUUAACAGUUGAGAAAGUAAUUGUUAUCGACAAGUUGGGUGGAAUUCCAUCGAUUGAAAGGAAUCAGACAAGUCAUGUGUACAUUAAUCUAUCUCAGGAGUACUCGGAUAUUGUUUCUGAACUCUUUAUCGGGUUUUUAGAUCCUACGACUAGAGACAAACACUUGGAUAACUUCAAGACAAUGAACAAGAUUCUAACGCUAGCGAAGUUGAAAUCUGCUACCAAUGAAGCGACGGGAAUUAUUACGACACCUGAAAUUAUGUCCUUGAAUGACGACGAGCUCAAUCCUAUUAUUUACAAUGUUUUGACAGAUAGACCGAUUAUCUCGUCUUCUCUCCCUUCCACCCACUUGCGCACUCCCGAAGUUUCAACUUCGAUAAUAAAGAAGGGUUUCGAAGUAAUCGUGAUUGAUGAGCAUUCCGUUGAAGGUGAAUUAACUUUUAAGAAAUUAGUGACUUCUGGUCUUAUUGAUGAGAAUAGAAUCUUUGAAUUGAUGAAUGAUUCAUUUGGAAGAAAGCUUGAUGUUCAUUCAUAUAUUGAACGUAUAAAUGAAAAUUUAGCUAGUAUAAUUAUUGUUGGUGACUAUGUUGGCGCUGCGAUCAUAACUUGGGAAAAGUUGACAAAUGGGGAAAAGGUGGCCUACUUAGAUAAAUUCGCAGUCGCUUCAGAGUACCAGGGUUUGCCAAGUCUUGCAGAUAUAAUCUUCAAACUCAUUUAUCGCUGCCAUCAGUCAGAGCUACUUUGGAGAUCUCGCAAAAACAACCCAGUCAAUAAAUGGUACUUCGAUAGGUGCAGAGGAUCCUUCAGUGCGGAUGAUUCCAAUUGGAAGUUAUUCUUCACGGGAGAAAUAUUCGAUGGAAGAAUGGGCUUAAAGAUUGAUGGCACGCAACUGAAUCAAGUGGAUAUUAACGAGAAAUUAAGGUUAUAUGCGGAGCUAGUGGAAAGAAUAGAGCCGUCGUUUAUCUGA